AUGCCUCCCAUCCGGCUCAAACCCUUCAUCGGCACGCCGAAACCCCUUCCCGAAGGCCAGACAUUCGGCUACGCUCCGAUUGGGCAGUUUCGGGCCCAUUCCUCGUCGUGGGCGAAUCAGGGCGCGCAGAUUGCGCCCGGCGUGAGACAGCCUGGUGUCAAGAGAUGUGCGAGGAUACCAUACCAGCCUCGUCGAGGCGUCGGCACCAAGAGCUCAUGGGAGCAGUGGCACCGCCAGCAUGGCCAGCCUAAGAGAAGCAAUGCUGCGGGUGCCUUGGCCGUCAUAUUCGGUGCUUCUGCUAUUGCUGUGCUGGCAGCUCCUGUGACCUCCUGGGUGAGAGAGCAUGUUGAUAUGAAAGAUGUCGAUGACAACAUCCAUAUCGAUGAGCCGGAAGACGACCAACACACCGCACAAACGUAUCGGCUCGCAGAAGUUGCAAAACAUGAUCAAACUGCAGAUCGGCAGUGGAUCGUUCGAGGUACUGCUGUUUACGACAUCACCGACUUUAUCGCCUGUCACCCAGGAGGCAAGGUCAUCCUCCGAGCGUGCGGCGGCAGUAUCGAUCCAUACUGGAAGUUGUUCAGCAUUCAUAACAAGCCAGAAGUUCAGCAGGUUCUCGAUGAUUUUCAUAUUGGCCGAAUCGACGCUCGGGAUCUUGAUGACAAUGGUAACAUCGACUGGAGUGUACUUGGCGGCGAUUGCAAUGCAGUGGAGGAUCCAUUCAAGGACGACCCAGAACGAGAUGCCAGCCUGAUCGUCCAAACCGCAAAGCCGUGCAAUGCUGAAACACCCAGCAAGCUGCUCGUAGAUUUCUUGACGCCCUUGCGGCUGUUUUUCGUUCGGAAUCACCUUUGGGUACCUCAGCUCGACCCAAAGGAGCAUCAUCUUGAGAUAGAGCUGUCGGAUGGCGAGGAGAUGUUCUACUCGUUGGAGGAUUUGAAGACCAAGUUUCAGCAACACACUGUGACCGUGACUCUGCAGUGUGCCGGGAAUCGUAGAGGCGAGAUGAACAAAGCUGCAAACGGCAAAACUUCCGGCCUGGCUUGGAGCGUGGGCGCAAUCGGCACUGCUGAUUUCACUGGCGUGCGUCUUCGAGAUGUUCUGAUGGCAUCUGGUUACGAUGUUGAUAAAGCCUGCACCGCCUGUCCAAACGACCCCGAGAAUGACCGGCACAUCCACUUCUGCGCACCGAGCGAUACGUACGAGCAGUCGAUUCCCCUGCAAACGGCACUGAAUCCCACCUCGGAUGUCCUACUGGCUUGGGAGAUGAACGGAGAGCCGAUGCCAAGAGACCACGGAGGGCCUCUCAGAGCCAUCGUGCCGGGGAGUGUGGCCACUCGCAGUGUUAAAUGGGUCGAACGAGUGCGCAUCAGCUGUGAUGAGUCGCAGAGCAACUGGCACAAUCGAGAUUACAAGUGUUUUGGACCGAAUGUGCGAGCGGCGGAUUUAUGCCAGAAAGAUUGGGACGAAGCCCAGAGUAUCCAAGAAUUGCCAGUCCAGAGCGCCAUCACAAACAUCAUCCGCUCGACAAAGCAGUCACCGGUCUCAGUCCAAGGUUUCGCGUACAGCGGCGGGGGUCGAAGGAUAGUUCGAGUGGAUGUGUCGUGCGAUGGGGGGAAGACAUGGAGACAGGCAUGUCUACGAAAAGAUGACGCAAAAGGGACCAGAAGGUGGGCGUGGACUCUUUGGAAUAUUGACUGGCCGAAGGAUCAAGUGCCAGAAGAUGCCGAGUUUGUGGUGAAAGCUGUGGAUGAAGCGCAUAAUUGCCAGCCACAGACCAUGGAUGGGAUUUGGAACUUUCGAGGCCUGCUCGGCAAUGCCUGGCAUCGUGUGUCGAUGGCCUCGCAGUCCUGA